AUGCGGUUGUUUACGCUUCUCCCCGUCCUUUGGGGACUACUUUCCUUCGUCUCAGCAACAGACAAUGGCAAAACCACCGAUGUAACCUGGGACAAGUAUAGUCUCACUGUCAAGGGCGAGCGAGUAUUUGUCUUUUCAGGCGAAUUCCACUACCAGCGCCUUCCCGUGCCAGAACUUUGGCUGGACGUGUUUCAAAAACUUCGAUCGAAUGGGUUCAACGCCGUUUCCAUUUACUUCUUCUGGAGUUAUCACUCGGCUUCAAAGGAUACUUUUGACUUUGAGAACGGCGCUCACGACAUACAGCGUCUCUUCGACUAUGCCAAAGAGGCCGGUCUGUAUGUUAUCGCUCGUGCAGGGCCUUAUUGCAACGCCGAGACAUCGGCCGGUGGAUUCGCGCUGUGGGCUUCAAAUGGUCAAAUGGGCAGCACCCGCACGAGUGCAGACUCUUACUAUGAAAGAUGGUACCCCUGGAUCCAGAAGGUCGGCAAGAUCAUCGCGGCGAACCAAAUCACGAAUGGCGGACCUGUCAUCCUGAACCAACACGAGAAUGAAUUGCAGGAGACGACCCACAGUGCCGACAAUACUGUCGUCAAAUACAUGGAACAGAUCAAGGCUGCGUUCAAUGAAGCCGGGAUCCUGGUUCCGAGCACCCACAACGAGAAAGGCAUGCGCUCCAUGAGCUGGUCUACUGAUUACCAGGAUGUGGGCGGUGCAGUCAACGUCUACGGACUAGACUCGUACCCUGGUGGCUUGUCGUGCACGAACCCGAACACAGGAUUCAAUCUUGUUCGUACCUACUACCAGUGGUUCCAGAACUACUCGAGUUCUCAGCCUGAGUACCUGCCGGAAUUCGAGGGUGGUUGGUUCUCUGCCUGGGGAGGGAGUUUCUACGACACCUGCUCGACGGAGCUUUCACCUGAGUUUGCCGAUGUCUACUACAAGAACAAUAUUGGCUCCAGGGUCACGUUGCAGAAUAUCUAUAUGGUCAUGGGUGCGACGUCCUGGGGACAGAGCGCCGCCCCGGUCGUUUAUACUUCGUAUGAUUACUCGGCUCCUAUGCGGGAGACUCGUGAGAUUCGGGACAAGUUGAAGCAGACCAAGCUUAUUGGUUUGUUCACUCGUGUCUCAUCUGAUCUCCUGAAGACCGAGAUGGAGGGGAAUGGAACAAGUUAUACCAGUGAUGCAAGCAUCUAUACCUGGGCCCUGCGAAAUCCUGAUACCCAGGCGGGUUUCUAUGUCCUUGCACACUCUACCAGCUCGUCUCGUGAUGUGACUAGCUUUUCGCUGAAUGUUAACACCUCAGCCGGGGCAAUCGCCAUCCCAGAUAUUGAGCUUGCCGGACGUCAGAGCAAAAUCGUUGUGACUGACUACCAGAUCGGCAAAGAGUCAAGUCUUCUCUAUUCAUCUGCGGAAGUUCUCACUUAUGCCAAGCUUGACGUGGAUGUCAUUACCUUCUACCUAAACAUUGGACAGAAGGGAGUGUUCGUCUUCAAGGAUGCUCCGGCUAAACUUACAUUCCAGACGUACGGCAACUCCAAAGUGAGCUCCGCCUCAUCGGAUCAUGGCACCAAAUACACUUAUACUCAAGGAGAAGGCACGACAGUGCUGAAGUUCUCGAACGGCGUGCUGGUUUACCUUCUCGACAAGGAGACAGCGUGGAACUUCUUCGCAAUCCCCACCAGUUCUAACCCAACCGUAGACCCAAGUAAGCAGAUCAUCGCUCUGGGGCCAUAUCUCGUUCGAACAGCAGCUGUCAAGGGUCACACCGUCAGUCUUGUCGGUGACAAUGCGAACACAACCUCUCUCGAGGUUUAUACAGGCAACUCCAAGGUGACCAAGAUCAAGUGGAAUGGUAAGGAGAUACCAGCCAAGAAGACCGCCUAUGGAAGCUUGAUCGGAUCCGCCCCAGGAGCCUCAGACGCCAAGAUAUCGCUCCCAACACUGAAAUCCUGGAAGGCCCAGGACACACUCCCGGAGAUCCAGCCAGAGUACGACGACUCCCGCUGGACAGUCUGCAACAAGACGACAUCUGCCAAUUCCGUGGCACCUCUUACUCUCCCAGUGCUGUAUUCCGGCGAUUACGGCUACCACGCGGGAACGAGAAUCUACCGUGGACGAUUCAACGGCAGCGCCAGCGGAGCCAACCUCACCGUCCAAAACGGCGUCGCAGCCGGCUGGGCAGCCUGGCUCAACGGGGUCUACGUUGGCGGGGCCGUUGGUAGCCCCGACCUGGCAACCACCUCUGCCGAGCUCUCGUUCAACAGUACCCCGGAGACCGAAAAUGUCCUCACCGUGGUGAUGGAUUAUACCGGGCACGACCAAGCAAACGUCAAGCCCAACGGCGCGCAGAACCCACGGGGCAUCCUGGGCGCAACACUGUUGGGCGGGAACUUCACUUCCUGGCGCAUCCAAGGCAAUGCAGGUGGCGAAGCAAACAUCGAUCCCGUCCGUGGGCCUAUGAACGAGGGCGGACUAUACGGCGAGCGACUGGGCUGGCACUUGCCGGGCUACAAGGCGGCGAAAAGCGCCACCUCGAACAGCCCACUGGAUGGGGUGACUGGUGCAGCGGGGCGAUUCUACACGACGACCUUCAAGCUCAAUCUUGAUUCCGACCUCGACGUUCCGAUUGGUCUGCAGGUGGACGCAUUGGAUUCGCCGGCGGUGGUGCAGAUUUUCAUGAACGGGUACCAGUUUGGACAUUAUCUGCCGCACAUUGGACCGCAGACGAGGUUCCCAUUCCCGCCGGGCGUGAUCAAUAAUCGGGGGGAGAAUACGCUUGCGAUUAGUCUGUGGGCGCUGACGGACGCGGGUGCCCGAUUGAGUCGCGUGGAGUUGAUUGCUUAUGGUGCGUAUCGGACUGGGUUUGAUUUCAAUCGCGAUUGGUCUUAUUUGCAGCCACGAUGGAAAGACCGGAGCUUAGCGCAUGAUCUGUAA